UGCCAAAGAAUGAAUCAUCCCUGUGUGUGUUUGUUAGUGUGUAUAUGUUUGUGUGUGUGUGCUGUGAAGAGUAUAAAAUAUGUGAAUUAAAGGCUGCAGACAAUUUACUACACCAUAAUUCUCAGCAUACCUUGUGAACACAUCAGUCUUGAGACAUGUCUAAGCUGGAGCAAGCCAUUGUGGCCAUAGUGGAGGUGUUUGAGGAGUUUGCUGGAAAAGAUGACAAGAAGUCACAGCUGAGCAAAACCGAGCUUUCAGACCUUAUUAAAAGCCAACUAAGCAGUGGUCCAUUCAAGGACAAAGUCGAUCCGGAGAAUAUCAAGGAGGUCAUGGAUGAUCUGGAUAAGAACCGCGAUGGAGAUGUAAACUUCGGUGAAUUCAGCAAGUACGUGGCUUGUCUAGCCAAAGGCUACUACAGGAAAAAGCAUGGCGACGAUAAGGAUAAGCCCAGGAGGAAUAAGUGAACACUCUUCACGACGUUGAUGCCCCUCAAACAGUAGUCAUUUACAUCCUGUAACAUCCCUAAUCUUUUGCAUAACUAAAAGUAUCUCUUCUCUAUUCUACUCUGCAAGAUUGUUAAGAACAAAUGAUGUAAUGACAAGAGCAAAUGUUGUAUCUAUUCUCUCUAAGAUAUGAAGAACACAGUGCAAUAGUGAUUUACCGUUCUCUGUUUUUUGAAUAAUAAUAAAAUCGUUUUGUGGGUA